AUGACAGCCACCACACCCUUACCCCUUACAACGAGCUUCUCGCCACCAGCCGCAUGUACCACCGACACGUGGUACAUAGAGUACCUAUCCGGCACUAAUUACUACGAUACUGCGAUCGAUGCUAGCGACUCUGGUUGGUGGUUAAGCCAAGGGCCCACAGAUUGGAGUAGCUGCUUUCCCUCGGGAUAUGCGACCAACACCAACUCUUACUUCUCGCCGGGCGUAUGUCCAUCGGGCUAUUGGGUAGCCGACCAAUCAGUCGAAUCUAUUAACGACAAUGUCGAGACUCGGGCAACCUGCUGUCCAAAAGGUUAUAGCGCACAAACCGAAAAUGGCAUUGUUUGGUACUCCGCGAACCGGUGCACCUCUACUAAUACCGAACCUACCCACCUAUGGACAUUCACAAAAGCCGGCACCACAUCUAGUAUGAGGACUGCCGAUGGAAUUAAUGCCAAGGCCAUCUUUAUUCGAUGGCAACCAUCCGAUACUGCGACGCAAACCGCUACUGGUACAGGAGCCAGCUCGACGGCAUCGCCCGCGCCAACGUCCACGUUCUCGCCCACUGCUACAUCUUUGAGUAACACACCGACUGAUAGAAAAUCUUCGAAAACAUGGAUUGCUGGCCCUAUCGUUGGAGCCGUGGUCGUGUUUGCAUUGAUUGCGCUAGCCGCAAUCUGGUACACUCGACGACGAAAUCAUCAAUCCAAAAAUAAUGAAUAUGGUUCUCGGCCUGAAUCUGGGUAUCAUAAGCCAGAACUGCCAACCGACGGUGCCGAGGUGUUUGAGGCACCAUUCGAUUCUAUCCCUUCUUCCAAAAGGCUCGUGGCAGAGCUUUCUGCGAGGAACACUGUUUCUGAAUUGCCAUAG